UUGGGUUCCGCAGCACGCCCCGCCCGACUCGGUUGGAGACUUGGAGUUAGUCCGUCGGCACCGAGAGGCGGGGCCGUGGGCACCCGGUCAGAGGAUAAGAACUGAUGAACUUCUGGCGUUAGCUUCUCCAGCAAGCCAACCAUUCGCUUCCUUUUCCAACUCCCCCGCUUCAAACCGUCAUACCUCGCCUAGCUGUCGGCGAUGCUGCUCUCCGCCACCUCGGCCGCCUACAUUCCCCGCUGUUACAACAUGGACCUCCACUUGGAAGCUCAAUGCCAUCUCGUUCACUCUGAUCCCCUCCCUCCGGCCCUCGUCAGCCUCUCCCCUUAUCGGGCCAAGUCGGGCCUAAGCCGCCAGCUUUCGCCAAUCGCCCGAGUCCACUCUCAUCCCGUUGUCCUGCAGUCCUCGCCCGAUGCCGAGGUUCUGACCCCUUCCUCCGCCGCCGCUGUGGCCGCAGCCAUCCGGCGUGCUUCGCCUUCGUCACCCGUGGAGUUCACCCGGCGAGUGGAGAAGCAGGGCGGGCUUGUCCUUCCGAGCUCUGACUUCCAACGCAUUUGCUUUGAUCAACUCGCUUUGUUUCGUAUGGUCGUCGAUCCCAAUGUCAUCUUGUCGCAGGUGUAUGUCAGGCCAGCUGGUAAUUAUGUAAUGGACCAGUUAGAACUACGUUGUGUUUCUAAUUAUCCAACAACUGAUAUGUCUGAAGGUGCAGACUGUGUGAUAUUAGUUGGCAACUUCAGUGUACCAGCUAGUUUACAGGCAGUAGAAGCUGCUCUCUUGAAACAGCAAGCAGAGGUUAUAUCUGAGAGUAGAGCUAUUGUUCUGCCUAUGGUGAAACAUCCAUUUGUAGUCGGAUUUCUGGUUGCAGAGCUUCCAAAGAUGAAUUUAGCCACAAGUGAUAAUCUGGAUAAUGUUCAAAAGGAUGUGCCCUUUUAUUCAUCUGAUGAUGGCACUUUACCCAACACACCAUAUUCUAAUAAGAAACCCUUGGAAAUUCAAACUUUCAGAGAAGAUCUAACAAAAGCUUGUGAACAAUUUACAACUGAAAAAAGAUCAAGAGCUAUUAUGAUUUCUAGAUCUUUAGCUACAGCAUAUGUGAUGGAUCAGAAAGGAAUGCUUCUUCAACAGUCAUCUUGGCAAAAUAAUGUCAGAAUGAAUCAUCUGAUUGAACAAAUUCGUGGUCCUCUUUCUAGUAUCAGAGCUCUGACUAAAAUGUUAUCUGUUCAUAUAAAGAGAAGUGAGAUUUCAUAUGAUAUUAUUGAGGACCUACUUGUGCAAGGUGAUCAUAUGAAAGAUGCUUUACAACAGUUGCAAGACUCUGUCUACCUCACCAAGGUUAACAUAGCACGAUGCAAUGAAGAAACACUAAAGAAAACCCUUGAUUUAAAAUCCAGCCAUCCUGAAUUGUUGAGAUCACUGCCAUCUGAUAAUGGCUCAAGUGUAAUUAAUACAUAUAGUUCACAGAAGGAACUACUACCAUUAUCACUAAGUUCUGGAAAGAAGGAUCUAGAGAUGCCUAUGCCACCACUUUGGCUUGUGCCACUGCAACAAAAUAGUAUCAGACCAUGCAUUGUCUCAGAUAUAUUAGAAGAUCUGGUCGGGGUUGCAUUGCCUCUGGCCAUCAGGCAGCAAAGAGGAUUGGAGCUCAAUGAACUUUCUCAGUUCCUAGAAGUUGCUGUUGAAGAGUCUUCUUUACGACAAGCACUUAGUAAUCUGAUAGAAGGGGCUUUAUUGCGUACACAGAUUGGUGGGAAAGUUCAGAUAUAUGCAGCUGAAGCACCUGCUGGCGGUGCUUUAGUCAUAAUCGAUGAUGAUGGUCCUGACAUGCAUUACAUGACCCAAAUGCGUUCACUUGCACCUUUUGGAGCGGAGCUUGUUUCGGAAGGUAUGGUCGAAGACAACAUAACCUGGAACUUCAUUGCAGGACUGACCAUUGCUCGUGAAAUUCUAGAGAACUAUGGGUGCAUUGUACGUGUAAAUUCCCCCCGAAUCCCUGAUGCUGCCUUCAGUACUGGGGGGACUCGGAUUGAAAUUUGGUUUCCCGCCUUGCAGUCGAAUUCGAUGGACCAAGUUGAACAACUGUAGCAAGUUUCUCCAAGUACACUUUAUUCAUAGCGAAAUCGUUUCAAAGUACACGGUCACUAAGAAAUUGUUAUGAUGUCCUGUUGAUGUUUCAUAUUUUAAUUUCAUGAGUUUUUGUUGCUUUGAAAUGUUAAAAGAUUGGUAAAGAAACACAAAAGUAUGUUCGGAUUGCUCGUCAGCAGUGCUGAACAUGCACUCAAGCCAAAAUUGUUUAACUUCUAGUUUUGAAAA